CGGAUGAGUGAAAAGUUCACGGUAUUUUUAUUUAUUUUGUCCAGAUAGCUACGUCAUUGAACAGGCUCAUUUCGAACCCCCACCAACAAAUAUGUCAUUUAUUCAUGCUGUCAAAACCAUGUCACAACACGGCUGAUUUUUUUCAACUUUCCUACAAAUGUAUUAAAGUAAAGUCCUUCAUAUACUUUUAGUACUCAUGUCAGAAUCCAUAACACUGCUAGACAACGUUUGACAUGUUCAAUGAAGCCUAAAAUGAAUUAAUACUUUGGAUAUUCCAAACUACUUCACUUCAGUGACUAAUCAAUUAAUAACAGUGUAAAUAAAUUUUCAAACUUCUGCAAUGUCCUUCCUACGUGGUUCCCUGAAUUAUGUUUGGUGUACAACGAGUGUUCUUGGCAAAGGUGCUACCGGUGCAGUGUUCCAAGGAGUUAAUAAAAAUAAUGGAGAACCAGUAGCAGUUAAAACAUUCAAUCAGUUGAGCCACAUGCGCCCACAAGACGUUCAGAUGCGUGAAUUUGAAGUUCUCAAGAAAGUCAAACACGAGAACAUUGUUAAACUCCUCGCUAUAGAAGAAGAGCAGGAUGGACGAGGAAAAGUAAUUGUUAUGGAAUUGUGUACAGGUGGUAGUUUAUUCAACAUAUUAGAUGAUCCAGAAAACACCUAUGGCUUAGCAGAAAGUGAAUUUUUACUAGUUCUGGAACACUUAUCAGCUGGCAUGAAGCAUCUCAGAGACAAUAACUUGGUGCACAGAGAUUUGAAACCUGGGAAUAUCAUGAAAUUUAUAUCAGAUGACGGUAGUACUAUUUAUAAAUUGACAGACUUUGGGGCUGCUAGAGAAUUACAAGAAGAUCAGCAGUUUGUGUCACUUUAUGGAACUGAGGAAUACUUACACCCGGAUAUGUAUGAGCGAGCUGUCCUAAGAAAGCCUGUCGGUAAGAUGUUUGGAGCCACUGUAGACCUGUGGUCAAUUGGAGUUACUCUAUACCACGUAGCAACUGGAAAUUUACCAUUUCGGCCUUUUGGGGGCAGGAGAAACAAGGAAACAAUGUUCUAUAUCACUACUAAGAAGGCAUCAGGAGUUAUUGCGGGUACACAGACGUCAGAGAAUGGACCUAUUGAAUGGAGUAGAGAAUUGCCUCAGAAUUGCCAAUUGAGCAUGGGACUUAAAAAGAUUGUAACUCCUUUAUUAGCUGGGUUGCUUGAAGUGGAUUCUCAAAGAAUAUGGAGCUUCGACAAAUUUUUUACUGAAGUAACUAACACACUUUGCCGAAAACCAGUGCACAUAUUCAAUGUCCACACAGCGAGCUUGAUUAAGGUGUUCCUUCAUCCUGAAGAAAAACUUAUUGCUCUCCAAACCCAUAUUCAAGAACAGACUGAAGUAGCUCCAUUUUCACAAAUAUUGCUGCUCGGUGAAAUUCUCCUUCUGAACUUGAUCAAGGAGUCUACACCAGGCAAAGGGUAUCCUGUAACUACGGAAGAAAAACCAUUGAUGCUAUUCGCUAGAGAAAAUAACAAUGUUGCUCUUCCAGUAGAUUUAGAACUUCCUAAAUUUCCUGUCUUUGCCAACUUAGUUUCAGUGGAAAAUGAUGCUAGCCAGGCUAAGGUGGCAUGCUCUGUGGGCCAUGUUUGUAAAAGAAGGAUAGACAAGCUAGCAAAUUGCAGCAGGUUAUUCCGUGACGCUGUGGAGGCGUUUAUGGGACUUGUUUCUUCUGAAUUAACUAAGCUUUUAGACAAAUCUCAAAGAUCGAAAGAAAUAACUAAAGCUGUAGAAGAUACUGUGAUAGCUAUCCAAAGAGGAGAGGCCUUAGGGCAACAAAUAAUCAAGAAGUUUAGUAUUCCCUCAACCAUUGAGUCCAAGAAUUGGGCUAAUGAAUUAGGCUGUAAAAGCAAUGAAUUUCUCAGCGGACUUACACCUGCAAUCACACAACUACAUUACAGGUAUGUCAAGGAAAGCAAUCUACGAGCUGAAUGGGAAAGCAAUACUCGUGGACUUCGGUGUCCUUGGCUCAGCAAAGCGAGCUUCAGAGCUGCGACUCUAGUAGAUCGAUUGCGAGAUGGCUGGCAACAUUUAUUACGGGACAGAGCAACACGUAAUCUAACUUAUAACGAUGAGCAGUUCCAUGUUUUAGAGAGGAUAAAGGUAACAGAAACUGGUCGCAGAUUGAAGGCACUAUUAGAAACUGAGUGCAUUCCGUCUAUGACACAGCGUGCAGAAUGUUUUGCUGACUGGUACAAAAUAGCACAAACGGUCUUUUUGCAAACUCGAAUCUUGAACAAAGACGUUGAGAACUAUGAGCAUACCUUAGAGUUAUUCUCAGAUAGGCUUUCUUUAGAGAGCAGAGUUGCCCAUGAAAACUUAACACGUUCUUUAGAAAGGCUUUCUGGUCAAUUAAGCACCAUAGAAAAAUCCAGCACACCAAAUGAGGAGACUGCUAAAGUAUGGAAAAAUGUUUGCAAAGAACAAGAACACAUUGCAUUGACUGUAUAUGAAAAUGGUAUUCUAAUGGAUCAACUUCAUGAACUAUGUCGCCUUGAUAGUUCAGGUGAGGAGGAUACGGAAGAUUCCGAACAUGAUUGAUCAAGCAUCAUUCAAUGAGUGUUGAAUCAUUAUUUUUCUCUCUUUCUCCACAAUCCAAGCCAAAUCAUGUGACCAAUAAAAAUAAACAGUACAUUCAGUACUCUAGACUGGAAGAUUUCCUGCAGUUAAAGAGGUAUAAGAGGCAGAUUACGAAUUUAUCAAAUACUCUACAUUAGAGAAAAAAUUUUGAUCAUUCAGUUUUAUACUGUAAAUAAAAUAACUUGGUUGUCUGGUAUUACAUAUCUCGAAAACAAUCGCCCAGGGUAUUUUAUUCUAGCGUAAUGCAUCAUGUUGUUAUAACAAAUGUUAAAAAAUUUUAUUACCUAAUUUUUUUAAAGUAAUGCUAUGAAUAAAUCAUUGUGAUCUUAUACAAGUA